AUGCUUCGAUUGUUGAUAGUUGUGCUUGUUUCUUCUGAAUCUUUACAUAGUUUACACUUCAAUGGUGGAACUAUUCGCUGGCAACCGAUUUAUCCAACAAUCAAUUCAAGUCUCGUACCUAUUCAGAUUAUUCAAACAUAUUCGUGGACUUAUCCAGUCAUAUCUUGUGCGACGAAUGUUCCGAUAUCCACACCUGGUCGAACAACAGCUAAUUAUAAUUUAACAUGUGUGACCGAUUGUUCAACAGACGGUGGUUAUUCAGCGAAUCCAGUGGAUAUUUUAACGGAUUGUCAAUCGGUGAAUUCUGCAUUGGGGAUGAUGACGAGUCAACGAAGUGUGAAUAUUAGUUUAAUGGCCGGUGCACAUUUUUAUUUGGCUUAUGUUGGAUCUGCGUGGGUAGCAUUGAAUGAUCCAGCACAAAGUGGACUUGAGUGGUCAAUCGUCUGUUCGAUUGAUCUUCGAAUGCGACCGGAUGGAAUUAUUAACACUCCGCCUGUUGCAAAUGUUGUUUCACCACAAUAUGCAAUUGUCAAUCGGACAAUUCAAAUUACAAUUCCGGUUUCCGACGCCAAUGCUGGUGAUGAUGUGCGUUGUCGAUGGUCGGUGUACACGCCUGGAUAUCGACGUCGACGAAAUGUUGAUCAAACAGGAAUAUCGGUAAAUGAAAAACAGAUCGUUCUCAAAAGAGAAAAACGUUGGAAAAAUCCAUGUAGUUCUUGUCAAUAUUCGUGUGGUCACAAAUGUCUAUGUAGUUGUUCCGGUUGUAAUGGCACAACUUGUUCGGGUUCAACAUGCAAUUCCGCAUCAGGAUGUUUGCCGGGAACGACCACUGUUGAAACUCCGGGGACAUUAAAACCGACAUCAUCGUAUCCAAAUCGACAACCUAUCGAUGAAUGUGGAGGGAUUUGCUAUCCAGGUAGUCUACCGAAUGGAACGACUUUAUCAGGAUGUACGAUUACAUUUACUGGUCCUGUUGCUGAUACUUGGUAUGGAGUUGCUGUUCAGGUUGAAGAUUUCAUCAAUACAACGAGUAAUGUAUCGAUGAGUUCAGUUCCUGUUCAAUUCUUAAUCUAUGUUAUGGGACAGCCAAUGUGCGGAUCAGCAGCAGUUAUCGUACCGUUAACUGGUUGUUUUGACGUUCUCGUCGGCGUUCCUAUGAGUUUCAAUAUAUCAGCAGUUAACUUAUGCAAUCCGAAUAUCUCGCAAAUCGUUGAUAUUGCAGUUGUGAAUAGCAUUUCUGGAAUGAAUAUGAGCAAUUUAACUACUUCAUUAACUAAUGAAUCGAUUUCAUACGUAACUUUCACAUGGGAACCUCAAAUCAGUCAAGUUGGUUCUCAACAACUCUGUGUGACGGCUAUUACCCAAGAACAAGUGACUUCAUCGACAUAUUGUGUAACAUUCAAUGUUGUCUCAUCCGGUCCACUUUGUAUCACCACAACGACAAGCACUACAACGACAUCGACAUCCGUAACAACAUCUACGUCAACCACCACCACUACAGUAACCACGACAGCAUCUCCUAAAAACAAUAUUAAUUGGCCGUUAAUCGUCGGUUUAACGUUAUUGGCUUUAUUACUCGCACUUUGUUGCAGUUGCUGUUGUAUAUAUUGGCUAUUACUAGCUCCCGGUGCCCGACGUCGUCGAAGAAAGAAUCGAAAAGAUCGCGAUUUACCUGUAAUUCUUCUAGAUAAACAUCAAUUUCUCAAUCGAAUCAUCGAAAUCGAAAGGAUCGAUAGUUUCAGUACUGAUUUACUAAAAAAAAAUUCUUCCAUUGGAAAUGUUUCUCCAACCGAAUUGCAAAUCACUACGAAUUCUCCUUCAAUACCAGAAGUUCACCAAUCUCCACCGAACCCUUCAAGAAGAUCGAACGUUCCCGUCCGUGCGAGCACAGUUCACGUCACUCAAAUUCCUCGUUCCAGUUCCAAUCAUGAACAGCGACCGUCGAAAAUAUAUUUGCAUUACACAAACAGAGAAUCGAGUUCAAACGAACAAAUAUUGAAUCAAGAUGUCUACAGCAGAUUCAAUCAUGCGCAUGGACUCAGUCGUCCAUACAACGCAACACCGAUUGGUUUCUGUGCAUUUUCAUUAACAUUAUUUGUUUAUUCAUUCUAUUUGGCUGGUGCAACGGUUCCAGUGACAUCAUCUGCUAGUAUUGCUAUGGGUCUCGGUCUAUUCUAUGGCGGAUUAGUCGAAUUAAUUGCCGGCGUUUUUGAACUGCGCAUAGGAAACAACUUUUAUGCUUUAACUUUCCUUUCCUAUGCUGGUUAUUGGCUCGGACUUGCUUCACUUUAUGUGAGCGGUUCAUUUGGAUUUACAACAGGAUUUCUGACUGGAAGUGACAAUACAGCACUUCACAAUGCCAUGGGUGUUUUUUAUCUUGCUUGGACCAUCUUUACGUUAGCGAUGUUGAUUUCAUCGAUUCGAACCAAUGUUAUUAACGUUGUCUUCUUCUUUUUCUUGAUGUUAGUUUACAUUUUACUUUGCGCUGGUUUCUUUCUGGAUGAUCAGUACAAUUUACGACGUGCAGCAGGUGCCAUCGGCAUUUUUACUGCCGUUGUUGGUUGGUACAAAGCAUUCGCAAGUUUACUUAUCAAAGGUGAUAAUUCUUAUUUCGAUUUACCUUUAUUUGAUAUUUCACGCCGAUCAACUGAACCAGGUGGCCCUAAAGUUGUUGAAACUCGUGCUAAUAAAUGA